CCCAAAGUGGCCGCUGUGGAGGAGCUGGCGGCAGGGAAGGGGGCGUGCGCCGCGGUCCGCUGCUGCCCGGAGGCCAAGCCCCGCGCCGGGCCGACCUCGUGCCUCGGGCUCUCCAGCACGCUCCAGCACGCUCAGCCAGCGACCCGGCUCUGUGCACCGUCCCCUCUGAGAGUCCACCCGCGACGAGCACACCAUGAGUCCAGGCCAGGGCGCCGGCGGCGACGCGCGGAAGGGCUGCCGGGCGGGCGGCGGCGGCGGCGCGGGGCGCCCCGCGACGGCAGCUGGGGCCUGGGCGGUGAGCGCGCUGUGCCUGCUGCUCUCCGCCGGCUCGGCGGUCGCCUGCCUGCUGCUGGGCGUCCAGGCGGCCGCGCUGCAGGGCCGGGUGGCGGCGCUCGAGGAAGAGCGGGAGCUGCUGUGGCGCGCGGGGUCGCCGGACACCCUGGUCGCCUGGGCCGAGCCGCAACUGGAGCGCCUGCUGCGCGAGAAGAUGGAGGGACCAGUCAAGCUCCGGACAGUUCGAGAAGCACCGACGGACUGUGUCUGUCCCCCAGGCCCCCCUGGACGGCGUGGCAAGCCUGGAAGAAGAGGCGAUCCCGGUCCUCCCGGGCAAUCAGGACGAGAUGGCUACCCGGGGCCACUGGGUCUGGAUGGCAAGCCCGGACUUCCAGGCCCCAAAGGAGAAAAGGGUGCACCAGGAGACUUUGGCCCCCGGGGAGAUCAAGGGCAAGAUGGAGCUGCUGGGCCUCCAGGGCCCCCAGGACCCCCUGGGGCCCGGGGCCCUCCUGGCGACACUGGGAAAGAUGGCCCCAGGGGAGCACCAGGCCCAGUGGGUGCCAAAGGAGAAGCUGGACAAGAUGGCGAGACGGGCCCGAGUGGACCCCCAGGGCCCAAGGGGGAUGAUGGGACACCAGGCCAGCCAGGGCUCCCAGGACCCUCAGGGCCCAAGGGUCCCCCAGGCCUCAAGGGUGAGCAAGGAGACACGGUGGUAAUUGACUACGAUGGCAGGAUCUUGGAUGCCCUUAUGGGUCCUCCUGGGCCACAGGGGCCCCCCGGGCCAGCAGGGAUCCCCGGAGCCAAGGGCGAACUCGGAUUGCCUGGUGCUCCAGGAAUCGACGGAGAGAAGGGUCCCAAAGGACAGAAAGGAGACCCAGGAGAAGCCGGGCUGAUAGGACCCAAAGGGGAAGCAGGAGAGAUGGGCCUGUCGGGCCUCCCGGGUGCCGACGGCCCCAAGGGGGAGAAGGGAGAGCCGGCAUCUGACAACCUACAGGAGAGCCUGGCCCAGAUCAUAGUGGAACCAGGGCCCCCAGGGCCCCCUGGUCCCCCAGGCCCCAUGGGCCUUCAGGGAAUCCAGGGUCCCAAGGGCUUGGAUGGAGAAAAGGGAGAGAAGGGCAUGUCGGGUGAGAGAGGACCCAGUGGCCUGCCUGGGCCAGCUGGCCCGCCAGGCCUUAUUGGGCUGCCAGGAACCAAAGGAGAGAAGGGCAGACCCGGGGAGCCAGGACUAGAUGGUUUCCCUGGACCUCGAGGAGAGAAAGGCGACCGGAGCGAGCGUGGAGAGAAGGGGGAGCGCGGUGUCCCCGGUCGGAAAGGAAUGAAAGGCCAGAAGGGCGAGCCGGGACCCCCAGGCCUGGACCAGCCAUGUCCAGUGGGCCCUGAUGGGCUGCCCGUGCCUGGCUGCUGGCAUAAGAGUGUGCCCAGCCCAGCCCCAGAAUGAUCAGCAUGUGAAGCUGCCAGGAAAGUGGACAGGCCCACUGGGGGCAAUGUGUACUUGAGGGGCACCCUCAGGACUUGGCUUUCCCGGGAAGGAGAUGAAGGUGAAAGUGCCUGGCUCAGGAGAGGCUGCAAAGAUGCCAGCUUGGGCCUUCAGUCACCUGAUUAGCAGAGACUCUGGCUGUCCCACUGCCCUGCAAGAGCCUGCCCUCUGAAGCUCUGGAGCCCAGGGUCCAGGCCAUCCAAAAAGGCUCAGGGCAUGAAUGGCAAAUGCAGCUGCUCCUGGCCUCUCUGGCCUCUGCACUCAGCCACAGCCAGCUGACAGGACUCCCACCCACCACUUGUAGCUGGACACGGGGAGCUGUGGGAAGCACCCUAAGGGGUUGAGCUCCUGCCAAGUUCCGUAGGCCUCAGGAACCAGCCUGCCUUCCGUGAGAACAAGUGUCCUCUGGCCAGGAGUGGAAGCCAAGCGCUGUGAUAACUACCACAUGGACCCAGCAGCAGGGAGCCCUAUGAUCCCCAAAUGUGGAGGUCCCAGGCUAGAAUGUCUGUUGUUCCUGUCUCUCCACCACCCACAGCAGGGACCUGAUGGGACUUUGCCAGCCUGAGGAGAUGGACCUCAAGCUCAGAGUUUGGGUCUCACCGACCCCAAGGCUCCCACCCAGGGGAACUCUGGUCAGCCUGCCAAAAAUGAGUCCUCCGGGUGAGCUAUGCAAAUGAAGAGAGCCUCAGGGCUGCUUCCAGGGCUGCCUAAGUAGGGCACCUAUGCCCUGAGCCAAUGAUGCUCUGAGAAGUGGCUUCCCCACCUCUGACAAGGGUUCCCGGCCACCAGCUCCAAACCAACCACUUGCCUCCCCUCUCUGUGUAGAUGGAAAUUGU